CGGGACGCGAGCGCGGCGGGCCGGGCCCCCGGCGUCACGGGCGGGCGCGGGGCGGGCGCGGGAGGCUCCGGGGACGCGCGGGCUUCCCUGCUGCUGGGGCCGCGGCGGACGACGAGGCGGCGCGGGCGGCUGGCCUGAGGCGGAGGAGUUCCGGUGAGCGCCCCGUGGCUCGCGCUGGACAUGGGGCCCAGCGCACGGCUGGUGACCAUCAAGAGGAGCGGGGCGGACGGGGCCCACUUCCCGCUGAGCCUCCGCUCCUGCUGGUUCGGAAGGGGUAUCGAAUGUGACAUUCGUAUCCAGCUUCCGGUCGUGUCAAAGCAACAUUGCAAAAUCGAAAUCAGUGAGCAGGAGGCAGUGUUGCAUAACUUCAGCUCUGCAAAUCCAACCAGAGUCAACGGGUCGGCUAUCGCUGGGCCCGUGCAGCUCAGGCACGGAGACCUGAUAACCAUUGUGGACCGAUCUUUCAGGUAUGAACGUGAAAGUCCUCAGAACGGAAGCAAGUCACCUAAAUGUCCAAGAAAAACCCAUGAACAGUCCUCCCGUCGAGUCUCAAGGUCGGGCGUUUCUUCUGAUCCCGAUGAGAAAAAUCAAGAUUCCAAAGUCCAUUCAGAAAUCACUGAGGGAAAUGUCUCAGGAAGGCCUAUGACACCUGCCAACCGUGUCAGCAGAGCCAGCCGUGGCUCAGAAGACAGCGGUGCCCAGGAAGUGCCUGGUGUGCAGCCGUCGGAGCGUCCUGGAGGUGGUCACAGACACGCGGGAGCUCUCGCUUCCCAGGGGUCUGAACAAAGUUCCGAGCGAGUGGUGGCGAGCUUCGAUGGAGGGCUGGAGCCUCUCCCCUCCACACCACGUCUGCACGAGGGCAGGAACGCGGAGUCCCCCUUUCAGGAGCUCUACCAGUCCCUGAAGAAGGAGUUAGAUGUCAAGUCACAAAGAGGCAACACUCUGCAACUUCGCAGGCCGUCAGGAUCACAGGUGGACAUGAUGGCGGAAGCGGCAAGGCCCGACACUCCCCAGAGAGCGCAGCAGCAGCCAGGCUCAGGGAGGCCCCGGGCCAAGUGUGGCAGACGCUCACUUGGGCGGUCGGAGCCUGCUCGGCCUGAGCCAGAGGGCAGUCCGGCGAGGCCAGGCGCAGUGGGCCUCACGCCCGCCCAGAGCUGUUCUCCUCUCUCCGGAGUGAGCAGAGUGAAGACCCCAAUGCGAUACUCACAUAAACGAAAACACGAAGACCUGGAUGCUGCGCAGUUAGUUACAGGCGGAGGCGGCAAGGCCGCGGCUCAGUCAGUCAGUCCUGGGAGGCUUCCGAGCAGGAGCCGGGCACCAGCAGCAGCGCAGGGUGCCUCCCGCCCGGCCGGCUCGCCCGCACGCCUCUCUCCCAGGAGCAGAAGCAGCGUUCCUCCACGCGUGGACAUUCUGCCAAUGGAAACAGAAAUCCAGAACCGGCCUCUGGCUCAGUGGCCUGCUCACACGGAGAAGAUCCCAGAGGACUCCCCCCAGAAGCCUGGAAAGUCGGGUCCUACGCAGACUUCCUCUGGGUUACCUGGUCUUAGUUCAGCUGCUAUCAACAACUUUGGUGAUUCCACUAAUAAGAAUGAGGGGAUGUCUUUGAAAAGAAGGCGCGUGUCCUUUGGCGGUCGUCUGAGGCCUGAAUUAUUUGAUGAGAACUUGCCUCCAAAUACACCUCUCAAGCGGGGAGAAACACCGGCGAAGAGGCGGUCUCUUGCAACGCCCACCGUCCUGAAAAAGAUCGUCAAGGAAAACCCUCAGCCAUCAGGACAGGAGCCUUCUGCGGACAUCUCUGUGGAAGUGCCCACACAAAGCCUGCUGCGGAGUCCUCCUGCCCCCAGCCCUCCGGGUUCAAGUGCAGAGAGGCGCAGGUCGGGCAGGCGGUCCUCGGCCUCCGGCGGCAGCACAGCUCCCCAGCAGGCUGGCUUCCCUAAGAGAGCAGGGAGGAAGAGUGGCACCUUACCUUCCAAGAGAACUUCUGUCAGUCGGAGUCAACAUGAUAUUUUACAGAUGAUUUGUUCCAGAAGAAGGAGUGGCGCUUCAGAAGCCAACUUAAUUGUGGCAAAAUCGUGGGCGGAUGUAGUGAAGCUUGGCGCAAAGCAAGCACAGACUAAGGCUGUAAGGCCUGGUCCUCCAAGGCAGGUGAACAGGAGACAGAGGAGACCCGACACUCCCCAGAAGCCUGCAGACCAGCUGCCGGGUCAGUUUAGUACAGGCCACGCCAACUCCCCCUGCACCGUCGUCAUAGGGAGAGCUCAUGUGGCCAAAGUAAGUGCGCCUGCUCGGCCCUACAGGAUGCUCAACAACCUUGCUCUCAACAGCAGAGUAAUGGACUAUAAUGAGGAUCUUUCAGGGCUGACUGAAAUGUUCAAGACUCCCGUGAAGGAAAAGCCGGCGACGGGCGCCUGUCCAGUCACGCUUCCAGAUUCAGAGAAAAGUGAGAACGAGCAAACGCAGGCCGACCCCGCUGAGCGCAUCGUCGGAAGAACUCCCAGGAAGACGCCCCCACAAGAACAGAAAGCAGUAGGCGAGAGGAAGGAUGGAGAAGGACCUUCUAAAACUUGUAAGGAAAGUCUCAGGUCCAGAGAAAGUUCUGAAAGGACAGCACCUCUGAGGAGAUUGAGUAGAAGUUGGGGGCAGAAGUGUGAAUCCGCUGAGGAUCGAGGGGGCAGCCGUGUGCCCUGUGAGGAACCAGUGAGCGCGGAGAGCAAAGCCACCGAGGUGCCCUGCGAGUCUGCACAGGUGGAACUCGCCAGAACCCCGGGAAGCAGGCGAUCGCUCAAGACACCUCCCGAGGAAAGCACUGAGAACGAGCGCUCGGCACAGAAAAGGCCGAAGCGUGCGGAAGCGCUACGGGACGACGCCAGCGCCGGGCUGGUCAAGGGAGUGCCAGGGCACAGCCUCGACCCAGCAGCCUUCGUGAAGGCAAUGAGGAGGUUGCCCAGAACUCCUAGGAACAAGUCCCAACCCCUAGAAGACCUUACUGGCUUCAAAGAACUGUUCCAAACUCCAGAAUUCUCCAAUGAGUCUUUGACUGUUGGCAAAAUGACUGUAGGGCCGUGUAGGACUACUCAUCCCGAAUUGGCAAGCCCCAGAACACAGCCUAAGACAUUCUUGAAGCAAGCAGGUGUCGACAAAGAGCUGUUCGCCCUGGGAGGAACACUGCAGACAACCGGGCAAGCUGUGCACACACCCAAAGCACCACGAGGUGAUGGCAAAGAUUUUGAAACUUUUAGGGAAUUGGCAAAGCAGAAAAUGGAUACAGCAACAGCUGUAACUGGCAGUAAGAGAGGGCCCAAAGAAAAGGCCCCAGUCUUAGAAGACCUCGUUGGCCUCAAAGAGCUCUUCAAAACUCCAGAUCAUGCCAGCAACCCAUUGACUGUUGAAAAAAUCACAGAAAUUCUGGAGAAUUUACCACAACCAGAGCUCAUGCAAACCCCUACACGUUUGAAAAGCCGACUUAGGACAAGUCUUGGGAAAGUGAAUAUACAAGAAGAACUCCUAGAACUGAGGAAACUGACGGAACCAUCAGAGGAAGCUGUGUUCUUACCUCAAGAAGCAGUACAUGCUGAAAAGGGCGUUAAAGCAUUUACUGAAACUCCGAAGCAAAAAGCGUACUCAACAGAAAAGAUAAGUGGACGUAGGAGGCGGCCACAGACACCUAAGCAGAAGGGCCAAGCUCUGGAAGAUCUGAGUGGCUUCAAAGAGCUCUUCCAAACACCGGGUCAUGCCACAGACCUAGUGUCUGCACAACCUGGACCUGUGCAAACCCCAGCGGGUAUGAAGGCUCGGCGCAAGAUGAGCUUGGGGAAAGAGGAUGUGCCGGAAGAGCCCCUAACUCGCAGCGGAAGCUCGCGAUCCGCAGACAAAGCCAGGCACACACCACAAACACCUGCAGGGAACAUGAUGGGCAUCAAACAGCCUGUGGACACUCCCAAGCACAAACUGGACCUGAUAGAAAAUUUAAGUGGACGUCGGAGGCGGCCACAAACACCUAAGGCAAAGGACCAAGUUCUGGAAGACCUGACUGGUGUCAGAGAGCUCUUCCUAACACCGGGUCACACUGAAGAGCCAAAGAGUGGUGGAGAGGCCACUGAGAUCACCUGCAAAUUUCAGCAAUUGGGACCAGCGAACACCCCAACAAGCACAAAGAAACGACGCAAGACAUCUCCGAGAAACGAGAAGGCGAUGUCAGGACAGAAAAAGCUCACGCGAAUGUCAGGGGAAGCCACACCCUUACCCAGAGCACCAGUCGGUGAUGAUAGAAGUUUUGAAAUUUCUAAAAUUCAUGCUGAACAGAAAGUUGAUCCAGCAAGCAGGGUAACUAACAGCAAAAGCCAGCGAGGUGCACGUGAGGAAAACUUCCAGCCCAUGGAAGACCUGGCUGGCUUCAGAGAGCUCUUCCGAACGCCAGGGCACACCGAUGAACCAAAGAGUGGUGGGAAAAACAUGCAAAUACCUCGCCAGUCUCCACAAGCAGAACUGGAGAACAUGUGGGUGAGCGUGAGAACAACCCCCAAGCCACCUGCAACCACUGCAGGUUCAGAGGAGCUCUCGGCACUCAUGCUCAGCCACGCAGCCCGGGAAACAGCUCUCACGCCAGAAGAGGCAGAAGAUGAUGACAAAACCAUCAAAGCUCUGAAGAAAUCUGCAAAGCAGAAGGCAGAGCCAUCAACACGUGUGACUGGCAGUAGGAGACGGUCAAAAGCCCCCAGAGAAAAGACCCAACACCUGGAAGACCUGACAGGGUUGAAGGAGCUCUUCCAAACACCGGAUCACACUGAUUCAGUGAGUGAUGGGAAAAGCACUAGGAUGUCCCGCAAGUUUCCUGCAUUGGAGAACACCCCGGUCAGCGUGAAAGCAUGGUCCAAGACACCUGGGAGGAAAGUGGGUUUAGAACAACUCAUGCCAACGGACACAUUGAAAACAUCAGAAGGUGAUACGUACGUAAAAACCUCAAUGAGGUCUUCUAAGCAGAGGCUGGAUCUAGCAGGAAGUGUAGCUACCAGCAGGAGAUGGCCAAGAACACCCAAGGAGAAGGGCCAGCCUGAAGAAGACUUGGCUGGCCUCAGAGAGCUCUUCCAAACACCCACUCCUACUGAGGAAUCAAUGAGAGACGGGGAGACCACUGGAAGAAGCUGCGCAUCCGAGCAGCGAGAGCCAGCGAGUUCCCCAACAAGCAGGAGGCAUCUCAAGACAGACCUUGCCAACGGGAAUGUGCUGGAGGAGUACUCAGUACAGACAGAUUGUACGCAACUGUCAAGAGAAGCUGCCCACACGCCCAAAGUGUCAGCAGUCCCAGGAGGUUGUGAAAAAGAGGUCGAAAAAUUGAAGGGAUCUGCAAAGCGGAAACUUGACUCGGCGACAAGUGCAGCUGGAGGCAAGAGGCAGCGAGAGACACCCAAGGACAAGUUCCAGCCCGUGGAAGACUUAGAUGGUGUCAAAGAACUCUUCCAAACACCAGUUCACACAGAAAAACCAACUGGUGAUGUAAAGGCCACUGAAACCACUGAGCUGUCCUGCGGUGCUCCAGGAGCAGAUUCAGUGGACACUCAGACCAGAACACGGAGGCAGCUCAGGACAGCUGUCCAGAAAGCAGAUGUGAAAGCAGAGAUCUCCACACGGACACGCAGGAAGCUCCCACAGCCAUCAGGGGAGCCCACGCCUGUACCCGGAACACCAGAUGAAGGUGUCAGGGCCUUGGAGGAAUCUGAAGAACAGGAACUGGACUUAGCAGAAAAUGAAAUUGGCAGCAGAAGACAGCCAAGAACACGUAAGGCAAAGACUCAACCCCUGGAGCAGCAGGAGAGCUUGAAAGAGCUCCACACCCAGGAGUUAGUGAGUGACGGAAAAGAUGCUCAACUGUCCUGCAGUGCUCCGGAACCGGGGAACACCCUGUCCAGAACGAGGAGGCAGCGUAAGAUACAGCCCGAGAAAGCAGAUGUGAAAGCAGAGAUCUCCACAUGGACACGCAGGAAGGUCCCACAGCCAUCAGGGGAGCCCACGCCUGUACCUGGAACACCGGAUGAAGGUGUCAGGGCCUUGGAGGAAUCUGAAGAGCAGAGACUGGAGUCAGCAGCAGGUGUGAUUGGCAGCAGAAGACAGCCAAGAACACGUAAGGCAAAGACUCAACCCCUGGAGCAGCAGGAGAGCUUGAAAGAGCUCCACACCCAGGAGUUAGUGAGUGACGGAAAAGAUGCUCAACUGUCCUGCAGUGCUCCGGAACCAGGGAACACCCCGUCCAGAACGAGGAGGCAGCUCAGGACAGCUGUCCAGAAAGCAGAUGUGAAAGCAGAGGUCUCAACACGGAUAAGCAGGAAGGUCCCACAGCCAUCAGGGGAGCCCACGCCUGUACCUGGAACACCGGAUGAAGGUGUCAGGGCCUUGGAGGAAUCUGAAGAGCAGAGAUUGGAGUCAGCAGCAGGUGUGAUUGGCAGCAGAAGACAGCCAAGAACACGUAAGGCAAAGACUCAGCCCGCUGCAGAACCUGGUGGCUUGAAAGAGCUCCACACAGCAGGUCACACACAGGCUUCAGCAACUGACGAGAAAACCACUGAGCUGUCCUGCGGUGCUCCAGGAGCAGAUUCAGUGGACACUCAGACCAGAACACGGAGGCAGCUCAGGACAGCUGUCCAGAAAGCAGAUGUGAAAGCAGAGAUCUCCACACGGACACGCAGGAAGGUCCCACAGCCAUCAGGGGAGCCCAUGCCUGUACCCGGAACACCAGAUGAAGGUGUCAGGGCCUUGGAGGAAUCUGAAGAACAGAAACUGGACUUAGCAGAAAAUGAAAUUGGCAGCAGAAGACAGCCAAGAACACGUAAGGCAAAGACUCAACCCCUGGAGCAGCAGGAGAGCUUGAAAGAGCUCCAUACCCAGGAGUUAGUGAGUGACGGAAAAGAUGCUCAACUGUCCUGCAGUGCUCCGGAACCGGGGAACACCCUGUCCAGAACGAGGAGGCAGCGUAAGAUACAGCCCGAGAAAGCAGAUGUGAAAGCAGAGAUCUCCACACGGACACGCAGGAAGGUCCCACAGCCAUCAGGGGAGCCCACGCCUGUACCUGGAACACCGGAUGAAGGUGUCAGGGCCUUGGAGGAAUCUGAAGAGCAGAGACUGGAGUCAGCAGCAGGUGUGAUUGGCAGCAGAAGACAGCCAAGAACACGUAAGGCAAAGACUCAACCCCUGGAGCAGCAGGAGAGCCUCAAGGGACUGUCACCAACACCAGGUCACAUGGAGGAACUGACAGUUGGUGUUCAUGCCUUCAAGGAGAUCCCAAAGCCAAGCCCUGGCAGAGGGAAGUCUCCUGAAAUGCUCAGAAGAGUCCUGAGGGCUUCCAGACUCAAACCCGUGGAAGACCCUGCAGGAUUACAGAGCACAAGUAGCCCUUCCCUGGCUCCACAGAGCGGGCGUGGAGAAGACGGAAGCCUUCCAAGAACUAAGAAAUCGAGCUCGGUGGCCACGCCACAGGAGCUUGUGGCAAAGAGGCCGGCCAACAAGAGACGGAGAAGUGCCUCCAGGGAGAAGGACCAGUCACCGCAGCCUGAGCAGACGGCGAAGCGCCCGAGGGCUUCUGCAAAGAAGGUCGCAGAAAGUCUCAACACCCGAGACAAGGCUACAAAGCAGGAAGAUGAAGAAGCUCCGAUCACUCCAGAUAAGGGGAUGCCCGCACAUCGCAGAUGCCAGAAGAAGACGAAUGUGAAAGAAGGGCAAAGACUGAGGUUCCUUCUACCAGCAGAAAACAUUAAAAUGAAGAAAAAUGAGGUCUCUGACAAGCAGGAGCUACAAAAGCCAGAUGAGGGAGCCGAGAGACUUAGAUCCAGGGGAACGCGCGUGAGGUUCGGGAAGGAGAACACAGGAGCAGCCAAGGAGAGCAGCCCACGAGUGGAAGUGUCCGUGGAGACCGAGAGCGGGCUGCCGGCAGCUGCACCCGCGGGGCCCCGCAUUCGCCCUGGCACUCACUCCGUGGGGCGCGCAUCGGAGCAGAGGGUGACCCGGGGAGGCGGGCGGCGGGCGCAGGACCCGGACAAGGAUAAAGACAUCCCGUACGCCAAGAGAAUGAGGACCAGAAGGCAUCGUGAAGAAGUCUAG